CCCGUACUACCUUACAUCGCCUUCCCCUUCUCUUCUUCUGAACUUCUUCGUUCUUUUGAGAGAGAAUUAAUCGGCUGGGUUCCGUACGAGAAAAUUUUCUUCGACAAGCACAUACAUCGACGUACAAUACCUAUCGCAUCUAUCAUCUUGCAAAUACUACGUCAGUAUGGCUGAUCAACUUAACAUGGGCGGUUUGAGCCUGGGCGACCAGCAACAAGCCUCUACAGCUCGUUCUUACAUCCCGCCUCACAUGCGAGGCAAGGUCGGUGCUCCUGCUAACGGUCCUCCUCCCAUGGGCGCUGGCGGUCCUCCACCUAACAUGAACGGUCUCAACAGUAGCGCGUGGGCUGGUAACAACAACUUCGACGCUCGACCCGCUCCUGGAUGGGCAGCCGGUCCCGAUUACCCGCCUCCUCAGCAACAGCAACAGCCGCAGCCGCCGCAGCAGCAGCAGCAGCAGCAGCAACCGCGUCAAGGAGGCUGGAAUAACCGACAGUUCGAUCGUAAUGCCUACGGCAACCCAUCUACUGGUGGGAACAGCGGUGGCGGUGGCGGCGGCGGCGGUGCCUACGCUCGAGGUUCUGGCGACGGACAGUGGCGCGACGGCAAGCAUAUUCCUGGUCCCCCCAACCCCCGCAUGGAGCGUGAGCUAUUCGGUACGCCGGAUGACCCUUCCAAGCAGCACACUGGUAUCAACUUCGAGAAGUACGACGACAUCCCUGUCGAAGCCUCGGGCCAUGAUACUCCUGACCCUGUUCUUACUUUCAGCAAUCCCCCGCUUGAUGACCACCUGAUCCGCAACAUUGAGCUAGCUCACUACAAGGUUCCGACCCCCGUUCAGAAGUACUCGAUCCCCAUUGUCAUGGGUGGCCGAGAUCUGAUGGCUUGUGCCCAGACUGGUUCUGGAAAGACUGGUGGCUUCCUUUUCCCCAUCCUCUCCCAGGCCUUCCUUACCGGCCCUUCUCCCGUGCCUGCUGGUGCCCCUGGUGGUGGUUACGGUCGUCAGCGCAAGGCUUAUCCCACAUCUCUUAUCCUUGCUCCAACUCGUGAACUGGUCUCUCAGAUUUACGACGAGUCUCGCAAAUUUGCCUAUCGAUCUUGGGUCCGACCCUGCGUGGUGUACGGUGGUGCUGACAUCGGCUCUCAACUUCGUCAGAUCGAGCGCGGCUGUGACCUCCUUGUUGCUACACCUGGUCGCCUUGUCGAUCUCAUUGAGCGAGGUCGCAUCUCUCUCCAGAACAUCAAGUAUCUAGUUCUAGAUGAGGCUGAUCGUAUGUUGGAUAUGGGUUUCGAGCCUCAGAUCCGUCGCAUUGUUGAAGGCGAAGAUAUGCCCGGCGUUCAGAGCCGACAAACUCUCAUGUUUUCGGCCACCUUCCCCCGGGAUAUUCAAAUGCUUGCCCGCGAUUUCCUUAAGGACUAUGUUUUCCUUUCAGUUGGACGUGUGGGCUCAACCUCUGAGAAUAUCACUCAGAAGGUCGAGUAUGUUGAGGAUAGCGACAAGCGCUCUGUUCUUCUGGAUAUUCUACACACUCAUGGCGCUGGCCUCACCCUUAUCUUCGUCGAGACAAAGCGCAUGGCGGACUCUUUAUCUGAUUUCUUGAUCAACCAGAACUUCCCCGCCACGUCGAUCCACGGUGAUCGCACACAGCGCGAACGUGAACGUGCUCUGGAGAUGUUCCGAAACGGACGAUGCCCUAUCCUAGUUGCCACUGCUGUUGCCGCACGUGGCUUGGAUAUUCCUAACGUCACACACGUUGUCAACUAUGAUCUACCUACCGAUAUUGACGACUAUGUCCACCGAAUUGGUCGUACCGGUCGUGCAGGUAACACGGGUCAUUCCACAGCAUUCUUCAACCGAGGUAACCGUGGUGUUGUACGAGACCUCAUCGAGCUAUUGAAGGAAGCCAACCAAGAGGUUCCGGCCUUCCUUGAGACUAUUGCUCGAGAAAGCUCCUACGGCGGUAGCCGUGGCGGCGGACGGGCUGGUGGCGGUCGCGGCCGUGGCCAGGGCGCCAACCGCGAUUUCCGAAAGUUCGGUGGUAGCGGCUUCAAUGGCGGCGGUGGCGGCGGCGGCGGCUUUGGUGGCCCUCAGCAGUCCAACGGCUUCAGUGGCGGCGGAGGUGGUUACAACGCUCCUCCUAGCCAGGGCUACGGCGGAGGCUACGGCGGCGGUGGUGGCGGUGGCGGCGGCAACGCACCAGCCUAUGGCGGGGGUAGCUACGGCAAUCCUGGCGGAGCAGGCGGCCAGGCUUCCUGGUGGUAAUUUUGAUGAUAUCGUCAGGCGCGCCGAUAUAUUCCCUCUAUUCCGCAACCCGCAUGCGGCGACGGA